UAUUGUAAAAAAAAAAGAAAAAAAUCAAAACAUAAUACAAAAAAAUAUAACAAUAACAAAUUUUGUCAUCAACGUGUGAUACUAGUGGAGCAAUCAUUAAAAACAUCAUUCGUAUUUCCAGAAUUUUAUUGGUCGAAUAAAGAUAAUAAACAAUCAGUACAAAUUACAACAUUCCCAUCAAGACAUUUGAUAAUGACACCAGCAAGUCAAAUUGGUACAGGAGAUUGUCUUCUAGAUUCUAAAAUAAAAGAAUAUUUACACUGGAAUAAAGAUAAUGAAGCUGAAAGAGAAAUUAUCGCGCUUACAGAAGCAAAUGAUAUCAAGACCCUGUCAAAUUUGUUCUUGAAAAGACUAGAAUUUGGUACUGCUGGAUUGAGAGGACGAAUGGGACCAGGAUACAGUCAAAUGAAUGACUUGGUAAUUAUUCAAACAGGUCAAGGUCUACUUAAGUAUCUUCUUGAAACUGUAAUUGAUUUACAAGAUACUGGAAUUGUCAUUGGAUAUGAUGGAAGAUAUCACAGUAAAAGAUUUGCUGAAUUAACAGCAGCAAUAUUUAUAAAUGAAGGUGUCAAAGUUUUUAUGUAUUCACAAGUAUGUCCAACUCCAUUUGUACCAUAUGGAAUAUUAAAAUACAAUUGUUCAGCUGGUGUUAUGGUAACAGCAUCACAUAAUCCAAAAGAAGAUAAUGGCUAUAAAGUUUAUGGAAAAAAUGGUGCACAAAUAAUUCCACCACAUGAUAAAUUAAUUCAAAAAUCAAUUUUAAAUAAUUUAGAACCAUGGGUAACAUCUUGGGAUACAUCAAAAAUUUAUAGUAGUACAUUAUUUAAAGAUCCACUUGAUGAAGUUAUGAUAUCUUAUUAUAAUAUCAUUAAAAAUAAUACAAUUUAUCCAGAAGUUAAUAAAAAUACAAUUAUUAAAUUUACCUACACUGCAAUGCAUGGUGUUGGAUAUUUAUACAUGGUUGAAUCAUUAAAUGCAGCAAGUUUUAAGUCAUUUAUUGCUGUUGAAGAACAAAAAAAUCCAGAUCCUGAUUUUCCAACAGUUAAAUUUCCAAAUCCUGAAGAGGGUAAAAGUGCUUUAGAUUUGAGUUUUAAAACAGCUGAUAAAAAUGGAUCAACAAUUAUCUUGGCUAAUGAUCCUGAUGCUGAUCGUUUAGCUUGUGCUGUUAAAAAACGAACAGGUGAUUGGCAUGUUUUAACUGGUAAUGAACUUGGAGCAUUACUUGGCUGGUGGAUGAUACAUGCUUAUCAAGUAAGAAAUCCAGAUGAAGAUUUAUCAAAUGUCGUUAUGCUUGCAUCAACUGUAUCAAGUAAAAUUUUAUCUACAAUGGCAAAAAAAGAAGGUUUUCAAUUUGAGGAAACAUUGACUGGAUUCAAAUGGAUUGGAAAUAGAUGUGAAGAAUUAACAAAAAAAGGAAAAAUUCCACUUUUCGCAUAUGAAGAAGCUAUUGGAUUUAUGUGUGGCUCAACUGUUCCUGAUAAAGAUGGCAUAAGUGCUGGUGCAUGUGUUGCUGAAAUGGCAGCUUAUCUUGAAACAAUGGGCUUGACAUUAAUUGAUAAAUUAGAAGAAAUUUAUAAAACUUAUGGACGUCAUAUAACUGAUAAUUCAUACUGGAUUUGUCAUGAUCAAGAAACAAUUAAAAAUAUAUUUGAAAAAUUAAGAAAUUAUGAUGGAAAACCACAGACAUAUCCAUCAAGUAUUGCAGGAGGAAAAUAUGCAAUAACUAGUGUACGUGAUUUAACAACUGGUUACGAUAGUACUAAGAUUGAUAAUAAAGCUGUAUUACCAGUAUCAAAGAGUAGUCAAAUGAUAACAUUUACAUUCGACAAUGGCUUGGUUACAACAUUAAGAACAAGUGGUACAGAACCAAAAAUUAAAUAUUACAACGAAUUGUGUGCUUCACCCGAACUUCAGGACGUUGAUGCUCUACGUAAAAUGCUUGGAGAAAUGGUACUGGCAAUUGUGGAAGAGUUUUUACAACCAAAAAAGAAUGGACUUAUUCCACGCUCAACUUAAUUAAUUCACAAAUUAAACAUUACAUUUUGUUCUUAAUUUUUGUUCUUAUUUUUAUCUUUAUUUGUUCAACUAAUUAUUAAUUAGGGAGUAAAAUAAAAUAUUAAAUAAUGAAGUUUAUAAAUUUGAAUUAAAAAUUUAUGCAUGGUGUUUAACACGCUUUUGUUAUUUGUAUGGUAAACUUAUUUUAAUGUUGAAUUAGUUUUCGAAAAAUUAAAUAAUACCUUCUUUAGCAUUCUAUAUUCCUGAUCAAUAAUAAGUAAAAUCUUUGAAAA